UUUUAUCUAGCUGGAACUAUCUUCUAUCUUGCUGGUACUACUUUUUAUCUAGCUGGCACUGCCUUCUAUCUAGCUGGCACUGCUUUCUAUCUAGCUGGCACUGCCUUCUAUCUAGCUGGAACUGCUUUCUAUCUAGCUGGAACUGUCUUCUAUCUAGCUGGCACUGCCUUCUUUCUAGCUGGCACUGCCUUCUAUCUAGCUGGCACAGCUUUCUAUUUAGCUGACACUGCCUUCUAUCUAGCUGGCACUGCCUUCUAUCUAGCAGGCACUGCUUUCUAUCUAGUUGGAACUGCCUUCUAUCUAUCUGGCACUUCCUUCUAUCUAGCUUCCACUGUUUUCUAUCUAGUUGGAACCACUGCCUUUUAUCUAGCUGGCACUGCCUUUUACCUAGCUGGAACUGCCUUUUAUCUACCUGGCACUGCCUUCUGUCUAGCUGGAACUGCCUUUUAUCUAGCUGGCACUGCUUUCUAUCUAGCUGGAACUGCCUUUUAUCUAGCUGGAACUGCCUUCUGUCUAGCUGGAACUGCCUUCUAUCUAGCUGGAACUGCCUUCUAUCUAGCUGGCACUGCUUUCUAUCUAGCUGGCACUGCUUUCUAUCUAGCUGGCACUGCUUUCUAUUUAUCUGGAACUGCCUUUUAUCUAUCUGGAACUGCCUUCUAUCUAGCUGGCACUGCCUUCUAUCUAGCUGGCACUGUCUUCUAUCUAGCUGGCACUGUUUUCUAUCUUGUUGGAACUGCCUUCUAUCUAGCUAGCAUGCUUUCUAUCUAG